GGGAGCUCAGCAGUCUCUCCCAGCUGAAGGGCUUAUCACACUCCUAGACCUCCUGCCCUUCACCAACAACAUGAGAAGCUCUCUGGCUAUCUUCUCGGUUCUCAUCAUGGCCACUGCCUUCUGCUAUCAGGUGUCUUCAUUAACAGUUGGGUCUGACACUCCCACUGCUUGCUGCUUCUCCUACACCUCCCGGAAGAUCCCUCGAGCAUUUGUGGUGGAUUUUUAUGAGACCAGUAGCCAAUGCUCCCAGCCAGCCAUCAUAUUCCUCACCAAAAGGGGGCACCAAGCCUGUGCCAACCCUAAGGAGCCAUGGGUCCAGAAGUAUGUCAAAGAGUUGAAGUGAAGGAAGGCCUGGAAGCAUGGGAGAAAGAGUUCAAGUUCCUGUUGGGUUGAGGAAUGAGUUACCUGAGCCAGAAAAGUCUCUACUGUCCCCAGUGGCAACAUCUGAGUCAAGCUGGCCUUGACUCAAGGCUCUGGAAUGUCCCCUGACUUUAAUUUAAACUACUUUAUCAUAUUUAAUGUUCAUAACUUAUUUCUAGUGUUGAAUUGUGUUAUUUAUCAGAUGCUUGUGAGGAGGGCCCACGUGCCAUUCUCUCCCUCCACCUCCCUGACCCUCACCUCAAUGUCUGAUCUCAUGGUGCUAGUGUCUGUAUGACACUGUGACAAAGUGACUGAUCCACGGGUAUCUCUGGAACAUCUGCUAUGAGCCAUGGCUUUCUUUGCCCAGACGCUUUGAAGAGAAUAAAGUUAUAUUUUUAAAAGAAAUAAAUAAAGCUACUUUGGACU